GAAGCUUUUACUUAUUAUCCAGUUAAUGUAAAAAUUAUCAAUGGAAAUCAAAUAGAUUAUUGUGAAAUUAUACCAGAUCAUUUAUUGUAUAAUGUUGGAAAAUUGCAAGAAAUUGAAUUGUACUUGCCUAGUGGAUUGGAUCAAUCAGAAAUCUCUCAAGCACUCACUGCCUCAUUAAACCGAUUUGUAACUAUGCUGAGAGAUCUUGCAGAGGUUUUUAAACUUUCACCAGAAAAUAUUCACAUAUUUUAUGAUAAUAAUUCAAACACAAUUGCGUUCAAUCGUGAUAGAAUAUUAUUUUUCAAUUUAAGAUUUUAUCUUGGAUUACAUGAUGAAGAAUGUAAAACUAAACCUACGACUAAUGCUAUGACUUAUUGGUACAUGAUGUUUUGUCAUGAAUUAUCACAUAAUUUUGUUAAAAAUCAUAAUUCUCAACAUGAAUAUUACUUUUUAGUACUUGCGGAAAUUUAUAUGUUAAGUCUUUUAGAAAUAGUGAAAAGGCGUGAAAUUUUUUGGUAAUAAAAUGGUUAAAAUGGUUGGUAUAUUAAGGUAAAAUAAGUCCCUAGUAUAAAAAAUUUUUUAUUCAACGCUCCAGAUAUUUAUAAGGUGUCCCGAAUAUCAUUGAAAACAUUCUUGAAUGAUGCUUUAGUCGAAGUUUAAGAAUUUAGUAGUAUAACAGAAAAUUUCAGUAAUAUUUUGAAUAAAUUUUGAGAAUAGUCCAAUUUUAUUUAGAUUGAAAAUGAUCCAGAAAUUAAAAUUGAUUUGUAAAGUAACCUGAUUAUAACA